GUUAUCUGGAAUAUCCCUCUACACCAUGUUCCCUUUCUUCCUUCUAGGUGCUUGGUACAUUAUUAUUUUUCUCAUCGUCUAUAUCCUUGUGGAGUAUUUUUUGCUUCUCAACCUGGUGAUUGCUGUCCUGGUGGACAAUUUCCAGAUGUCCCUCCUCAAACGCCAAGAGAAGAAGAAACUGAAGCAAAAAAUUGUCCAGCUGAAGGACAGCACCACCGAAGAUAAUCCAAUCAAGCAAGCAGAGAAGACCAAGUUGAAAGAAAAGGAAGAAGAAACUCUGUUUAGAAAGACGGUGAUGGAAAAAUAUGGUAGUCUUGAGCUGAAUGACAAUCAAUGGCAGCUUCUGUACAAUUACUUCCAGAUAAUGACAGCUAUUGAGAACAGUCAACAGCAGUUCCAGUCCCAAGCCACUACCACUGACAAGAUCCUGGACACAUUUUUCGAGACAUCCGAAGACGACUUCUUUCCUAAAUGAAACAGAGAAAUCCACGAUUCACUAGUGGGAUUUUUUUUAAUGCUACCAGCAACUGCUGCAGUUAAAAAGUUGGCAUAGCGGUUUAUUUUGAAGACCUGAUGUUGCGAUACAACACUGUGUUAACAAAAUUGGGUUGUGAUUCUUAGUAUAUAAGCAGUUGUUUUGCCGGGUGUGGAUAGCUAGGAGCCCCAAAAUUUGUUUCAGAGAUUACAACUCCUUCUGGUUCAGAAUGUCAGGCCGCAACAUUAUUUUUAAUAUUUUCCAUAUUGCUGCCAGCGAGCAAUUUUUCCACCUUCAGAGAAAUAUCUUCGCAUCCAUUUCAAAUUUUCAAAUUUAAAAACGAUCUUAAAAGCAAAAGGUUUUAAAUCAAGCAAGCUUGGACUGAAUCUAAACAUUUUUUGCAUAAUAUAAAUUGUA